CGCUCGCAGCUGGCCGCGUCCGGGACGGCCGAGGGGCUGGCCGUGGGCGGGAGCAGCCGGCGGCCUCAACCCCUUCCGAGAGCGACUUUCAAACUCGCGCCGGCGCUGCAGCGGCACCUGGGCAGCCCCGCGCGCCGUGCGUGUCCGGAACCCGCGGGGCGGCGACCGCUCGAAUCUCCCCGGGGUGCCCACCCCCGGCAGCAAUGCCAGGAUGCCCGUCUCCACCUCCCUCCGCCAGGAUGGCAGCCAGGAGCGGCCGGUGAGCCUGACCUCCUCCACCUCCUCGUCGGGCUCCUCCUGUGACAGCCGCAGUGCCAUGGAGGCCAAUGGCUCUGAAGCUUCCGCCAAGAAUGGGGCCAGCUCCCCACGGGGCCGGCAUGCCCCCAACAGCAACAACAACUCCAGUGGCUGGCUGAACAUGAAGGGGUCCCUGUCCCCAUUCAGCAGCCGGGUGGCAGCAGGGCCCACACACAACAAGCUCAGCUACCUGGGCCGGGUGGUGCGGGAGAUCGUGGAGACCGAGCGCAUGUACGUGCAGGACCUGCGCAGCAUCGUCGAGGACUACCUCUUGAAGAUCAUCGACACACCUGGGCUGCUGAAGCCAGAGCAAGUCAGUGCCCUCUUCGGGAACAUAGAAAACAUCUAUGCACUGAACAGCCAGCUACUCAGAGACCUGGACAGCUGCAAUAAUGACCCCGUGGCUGUGGCUAGCUGCUUUGUGGAAAGGAGCCAAGAAUUUGAUAUCUACACCCAGUAUUGCAACAACUACCCCAACUCAGUGGCUGCCCUGACAGAGUGUAUGCAGGACAAGCAACAGGCCAAGUUCUUCCGGGACCGGCAGGAGCUGCUGCAGCACUCACUGCCCUUGGGCUCCUACCUGCUGAAGCCAGUCCAGCGCAUCCUCAAGUACCACCUGCUGCUCCAGGAAAUUGCCAAACACUUUGAUGAAGAAGAGGAUGGCUUCGAGGUGGUAGAGGAUGCCAUUGACACCAUGACCUGUGUGGCCUGGUACAUUAAUGACAUGAAGAGGCGGCAUGAGCAUGCGGUCCGGCUCCAGGAGGUUCAGUCGCUGCUCAUCAACUGGAAGGGGCCAGACCUGACCACCUACGGGGAGCUCGUCCUGGAGGGCACGUUCCGUGUGCACCGUGUGCGCAACGAGAGGACCUUCUUCCUCUUUGACAAAACACUGCUCAUCACCAAGAAGCGGGGAGAUCACUUUGUCUACAAGGGUCACAUCCCGUGCUCCUCCCUGAUGCUGAUCGAAAGCACCAGAGACUCCCUGUGCUUCACCGUCACCCACUACAAGCACAGCAAGCAGCAGUACAGCAUCCAGGCCAAGACAGUGGAGGAGAAACGGAGUUGGACUCACCACAUCAAGAGGCUCAUCCUGGAGAAUCACCACGCCACCAUUCCCCAGAAAGCCAAGGAAGCCAUCUUGGAAAUGGAUUCCUAUUAUCCCAAUCGGUACCGCUACAGCCCAGAGCGGCUGAAGAAGGCUUGGACCUCUCAGGACGAGGUGUCUGCCCAUGUGCGCCAGGGGCGCCGGCAAUCUGAGCCCUCCAGACACCUGCUUAGGCAACUAAAUGAAAAAGUAGCCAGAGCAUCAGGAAUGAAGCAUGCAGGCAGCACUGGCACCCUGCUGGACUUUAGGCAGCACCCCCGUACCGGGGGCCUGCAGCCAGAAGCUGAAGGGGCUGCCCAGGAGGAGCAAGAGGAAGAGGAGGAGGUGGUGGAGGAGGAGGAAGAGCAGGCCUUUCAGGUCUCUCUGGAGGACCUGGCAGGGCAUGAAGGCAGCGAGAAGGGGGCCAGGCUGGAGCCCCCAGGCUCGGAGGAGGAGGAGGAGGAGGAGAGCCUGGCAGUGGCAGAGCAGGUAGCCGACUUUGCCAGUUCCCUGCUGGCCGCCCUCCACUGCUGGCACUAUCGGGCCAACGCUUUACUUUUCUCCCGGGGCGCUAUGGGAAAGAGGCGCACAGAGUCUGAAGGCCACAAGAGCUGCAGAAGUCCCAGCAGCCGGUCUCCAACUAGUGCUGAGAAGCGCAUGAGCUUUGAGUCUAUCUCUUCUGUGCCAGAGGUUGAGGCAGACCCUGAGCUGGGGACUGAGCAGGAAGUAUUCGCUGCUGUGGAAGGUCCUAGCACCGAGGAGAUGCCUUCAGACACAAAGUCUCCAGAAGUCCUGGAAACACGGAUGGAUGCCCACCAGGGGCUGCUGGGGAUGGACCACCCAGGUGAGAUGGUGGACUUCAUGGUGGCUGAGAGCACUGAGGACCUUAAGGCCCUGAGCAGUGAGGAGGAAGAGGAAAUGGGGGCUGUCCCGGAGCCUGAGAGCCUCCUGCCCCCCUCAGUGCUGGACCAGGCCAGCAUCAUUGCUGAACGGUUCGUCAGCAGCUUCUCUCGGCGAAGCAGCUUGGCACUGGAGGAUGGCAAGUCCGGUGGCUUUGGGACCCCGCUGCUGGUCAGCCGGAGUAGUAGUGUGCUCAGCCUGGAGGGCAGUGAGAAAGGCCCAGCCUGGCCCGGCAGCACCACAGACUCCCUCAACAUUCAGCUCCCCCCAGAAGUGGACAUCAGCAUGGGGGUGGCCACAGAGAGUGGCCCUUCUGUCAAUGGGACAGAGCCCCCAAGCCCAGGCUGCCUGGUGGAGCCCGACAGGUCUUCCUGCAAGAAGAAGGAAUCUAUGCUCUCCACCCGAGACCGGCAGUUACUGGAAAAAAUUAAGAGCUACUACGAAAACGCAGAACACCAUGAUGCAGGCUUUAGCGUCCGGCGCCGGGAGAGCCUCUCCUACAUCCCCAAGGGACUGGUGAGAAACUCCGUCUCCAGGUUCAACAGCCUGCCCAGGCCAGACCCAGAACCGAAGGCUCCAGUGGAGCACAAGAGACAGGUGGGCUCCCGGCCAGCUUCGUGGGCCCUGUUUGACCUCCCAGGACCACGGCAGGCAGACCCAGGGGACCCAGCUCCCAUCACAGAUGCUGAGUUCCGCCCUUCUUCGGAAAUUGUGAAGAUCUGGGAGGGAAUGGAGUCUUCUGGGGGGAGCCCUCGGAAGGGGCCAGGUCAAGGCCAGGCCAAUGGCUUUGACCUGCAUGAGCCACUCUUCAUCCUGGAGGAUCACGAGCUGGGGGCCAUCACAGAGGAGUCGGUCACCGCCUCCCCAGAAAGCGCUUCCCCCACCGAGCGGCCCAGCCCAGCCCACCUGGCCCGGGAGCUGAAAGAGCUGGUAAAGGAGCUGAGCAGCAGUGCCCGGGGGGAGCUGGUGGCCCCGCUGCACCCCCGCAUCGUGCAGCUCUCCCACGUGAUGGACAGCCACGUGAGUGAGCGCGUCAAGAACAGGGUCUACCAGCUGGCCCGCCAAUACAGCCUCCGCAUCAAGAGCAACAAGUCGGGGAUGGCCAGGCCACCACUGCAGUGGGAAAAGGUGGCUCCCGAGAGGGACCGGAAGAGCCUUACCACUCCCUGCCUACAGGAGGAGGCUGGAGAGCCACCAAAUGGCAAAGGCAGGAGAAAGCCAGUGCUGUCCCUUCUCAACUACGAGCAGCUGAUGGUCCAGGAGCACAGCCCCCACAAGGUCUCCUCAGCUGGGGACAUCUCGCCACGGCGUUUCUCCUUUAGCCCUUCUGCUACCAGCCCGAGGACCACCUCGCCUGGGGCCCGGGCCCGCACCCGAAGUCCGCUCAGCCCCCUUGACACUGAGACCUUCAACUGGCCUGACGUCCGGGAGCUCUGCUCCAAGUACGCCUCCCAGGAUGAGGUGCUGCCGGCCAAGGGCAGCCGGCCCCAUGGCCCACCUGUCAAUCGGAGCCGCUCGGUGCCUGAGAACAUGGUGGAGCCUCCUCUUUCAGGCAGGGUGAGCCGCUGCUGCAGCCUGAGCACCAAAAGGGGCCAGGGAGGCAGAGAGGCUGCACAGCCCCAGCCUCCCGGGUCGCUGUCCCAAAGAGGGCUGGUCGGAGGCGAGACCCUGUAUGUCACUGCAGACCUCACCCUGGAGGAUGACCGGCGGGUGAUCAUCAUGGAGAAGAGGCCUCUGCCUGGCCCCACAGUGGGGCUGGAGGAGAAGGGCAGUGGGCAGGGACCAGGCUUGCAGGAGGCCCUGGCAGGGCAAAGCCAAGAUUCAGAAUUUCGGCUGAAGGAAGAGGGUCCCAAGGACCCAGCAGACCUGAGCCAGCAGGGCAGAGUGAGAAACCUGAGGGACAAGUUCCAGACCUUGAACUCUAUAGGUUGACUCUGCCUCCUGGGGGAAGGACGAGCCAUGUUGGGGGAUGAGGAGGAGCCUGGCCUAGCUCCCCAAAGCUUGGGCUCAUGUGACCCUUUGCCCAGGGCCCUCAGGAAGGCCACUCCCACUCUCCUGGAAGAAUGCUCCACUGUGCAGGUGGACUCACCUGCCUGUGUCAUGUGCUGGCACUCCCCUGGGGCUUAUGACAACUUUAUGUAGGCCCAGAUGAGCCCCUCUUCUCCUCUGAGGCCAGUGUGGCCACUUUCCUUGUAAAUAGUUCUUUUCUGGUAAGAAGCCAAAUAUUUAAGCUCACCUCUUCCCAGGGGGAGCAAGCACUGCUCAGGCCUCCAGCACUGGGUGGCCACUGCCAGACUGAGCGGCCCACCCCGGGAGACGCGGGGAGUGGCCUGGGGAGGCUUUGCUCUUGAACUGUGCCUUUUCUUAGGUUCCAGGCAGGAACAAGGCUGAUAAUUUAUUGCUUUUCAUUCUGUGGUGUGUGUGUGUGUGUGCGUGUGAGUAUGUGUCCUCCUGUUGUUCCCCUCCCAUGAAGAAUGCGAUGGACUGAGUUCAGGUACUUUUUAAGGGUUGCCUUGCUGACCCUGUGGUUGUCGCUAAUGUACACACAUUUCAUUAUUUGCCCAUGGUGCAAUAACCACUGCUGACCAAC